ACAACAACAACAACAACAACCACCAACUAAGAGACAGUGGUCACUACCCCGACGGCUAAUGUCUAUGGGCUUUACCGGCCUGAAUAGGACAACCUCUAACAUCGAGCCCCGAACCGUUAACUAUAGCCGUAGUAACGGUAUCGACGAAAUUGACGACAUUAGAUAUAUUAAUGAUAUUGAAUACGAGGCCAUCAAAGAUGAACUGUUCGGCGAGUUUGGCUUUACCAUCGACCAGAUUACCGAAAUGCAAGGCCUGAGUAUUGCGGCGGCCAUUCAUAAGACCUAUCCGACAACGGCCUCCGGAUCGUCGUUGGCCUCGUCCGCGUCCGCGUCCUCAUCAUCGUCAUCGGCCACUGUUGUCGGUAACGAUAGCCGUACUGUUGCCACCAAACUAUUGAUUUGUUGCGGUAGCGAACUAUUAGGCAAAAGUGGACUGGUAGCUGCCAGACAUCUCAAAUUGUUUGGGUUUCGUCCGACCAUUUAUAACCCGACACCUGGCCGUACCCCUCACUAUCACCGACUGAUACGCCAGUGUCAGGAAUUUGAGAUAUCGUUUCUAUCAUAUCUGCCAAACGAGUCGCGACUGAUUCGCGAUUCAUACGAUCUGGUUGUGGACGUUAUGGACGACUAUCAGCAAAGUCUGAACACCAAUAACCAGGAAAUACUCGGCAAACUGGUCGACGUUUGCAAUGCCGGUACACCAGUGGCCAGCGUUGACGUACCGUUUGGCUGGUCGGCCAACGAUGGUCCGCCCCGUAGUAGUGGCGGCAUCGGCGGUGCCGGCGGUGAAGUAAUGCCCGUACUAUUACCCGAGUGUCUCAUAUCGAUGAUUGCGCCGAAAAUGUGUGCCAAACUGUUUACUGGUCGCCAUCAUUGGCUGGGCGGCCGUUUUAUAUUGCCGUCGCUGUCCCGCAAAUAUAAACUAAAUUUACCGAAAUUUGUUGGCUCCGAACAAAUAGUGGCCAUCGAUACACAUUGUUAUUGA